AUUGUUGUUGUUGCACAGUAGAUUAUUAGUUUGUUCAACAAACACGCAAGGCCACAGCAUAAAAUACGUCAUCAUGACUGUCUCUUCAGACAAAUGUGCUCAGCUCUAACCUUGAUCUGUUAGCUGUCACAGGCUGCUUUUGGAUUCCUGAGGUGGCAAUGGGCUUGUCCUUGGCAGCUAGCUUAAAAAGGUGCCUCCCUUCUGGUCUGUGCGCCAGCCUUUAGAUGACAUCCUUUCCCCUCUCACAGCAGAGUGUCUCUGCAGACUUCUCCUGCUUUUCUCUGGAACAUUCUGAGUGGCAUACAGACAGAGUGGUAGAAACCUUGGCUAUGUCUCUCAGUGGAGAUAUAUGUGUGGUAACAGGAGCAUGUGGCUUUCUUGGGGAGAAGCUGAUCAGGCUGCUGCUGGAGGACGAAAAGCUUACAGAGAUUCGACUGCUGGACAGAAAUAUCCGACCUGGCUUUAUACAGUCUCUUGAAGGUUGCAGGGGUGAGACAAAACUGAGUGAGUUUGGGGGUGACAUCAGGGACCGUGAGCUGCUGACGAGAGCCUGUAGAGGAGCAACAGUCAUCUUCCACACUGCGUCUCUCAUAGACGUCAUCGGAGCUAUAGACUACAGCGAACUGCAUGGGGUCAAUGUCAAAGGCACCCAGCUGCUCCUAGAGACAUGUAUCCAAGAGAAUGUGCCUUCAUUCAUAUACACCAGCAGCAUUGAGGUUGCUGGUCCAAAUCCUCGUGGAGAACCUAUCAUCAAUGGUAACGAGGACACAGCGUACACUUUGUGCUUGAAGUUUCCCUACAGCCAAACUAAAAAGGAAGCUGAACAGCUUUGCCUCAGUGCCCAGGGAGAGGUGCUUAAAAACGGUGCUCGACUUGCUACAUGUGUUCUGAGGCCAAUGUACAUUUAUGGCGAAGGCUGCCGUUUUACUUUAGGCCAUAUGCGGGAUGGCAUCCGGAACAGUGAUGUGUUACUGCGGACUUCCCGUCGUGAGGCUAAAGUGAAUCCUGUGUAUGUGGGAAAUGUUGCUCUGGCACAUCUGCAGGCCGCUCGAGCUCUGAAAAAUCCGCAAAAGAGAGCUGUGGUUGGUGGAAACUUUUACUACAUCUCGGACAACACGCCACCUGUCAGCUACUCCGACUUCAACCAUGCCGUUCUGUCUCCUUUAGGCUUUGGCAUACAGGACAAACCCACCCUACCUUUCCCUGUUCUCUACCUCAUCUCCUUCCUCAUGGAAAUGCUCCAAGCAGUGCUCCGCCCCUUCCUGCGCUUUACCCCGCCCCUCAAUCGACAGCUUCUGAUCAUGCUGAACACGCCCUUCAGCUUCUCGUAUCAAAAGGCCCACAGAGAUCUGGGAUACACGCCUCGUUAUGAGUGGGCAGAAGCACGCCAGCGAACUACUGACUGGCUGGCAUCUGUCUUAGCCAGAGAAAGGGAACAAAUUAAUGUGAAGUGAAAGCCUACAGCACUGUGUUUUAUGUUCUACUGACAGAC